CGCCCGCUCUCAAUCGCCCACUACACACACACAACAAAUGCCAGCGACCCGCCGCCGCCGCGACGCGACGCCGGCGUCGACCCCGCGGAGCUCCAGCGGGCCACUGAAGCAGUCAUGCGUCGAGUGCUACCGUCUCAAGCGCAAGUGUGACCGCCGGCAGCCGUGCGGUAUCUGCACGCGGUACGCCAAGGAGUGCACGUACUCGCUGCUGCCUGUGCGGCCGACCAAGGAGUUCGUCUCCGAGCUCCAGGCCCAGGUCGAUACGCUUCGAUACAUGCUCAGUGUGCACGCACCGGGGGUGAACAUCGACGCCGAAGCAGUGCAGAUGAAGAGUGGCGAGCCGAGCUCGUCGCCGCCGUCCAUGUCGCCUAUGGUCGAUGUCGCAGCCGAGCCCAAGGAGCUUCAGCCGCCUCCUCCUCGGGAUGUGACACCACCAGGCGACAACGACAUCAGCAGCAUCCCAGAUACCUUCCCGCUCGAGUUCACGCUCGAGCCCGUCGCGAGCAUCAGUGCCGCCCCACCUCUGCUAACACCGCCGGUGACGGCGGACCGCCCGUCCCCCCUUGGACAGUUCACGGCCACCUCGUCGUCACCCCUGGCGACGGCCUCCAACGGCGGCUUGGCCGGCCCGCCGCGACUUGGAACUGCCCGCCGGGCGGUGGCAUCCAGCAGCACAGGCCUGUCCCCGGGGUUCAGCCUCGCCGGCUCAGAACCCCACCUGCCGGUCGACAGCGUCGGGCCGUACGACGUGCUCGAGCGCAACCCCGUCGGAGCGCACGGGUACGAGUGGAACGAGCGGUACCAGCCCAGCCUGCAGAUGGACGGGACGGCGUCGCUGAGCACCGAUCCGGAGGGGGAGGGGUAUCUCGGCUUCGCGUCGUCAGCGACACUGCUGCACAUCCUGCGGAUAUGUGCUGGCGGCGUGCGCAUCCCGCAAGGCGCGCGCGGCGACGGGCCAAUCGAGGGAUGGACCCCGGCUCCCCCGCAACUCGAGAGCUUCAUCGAUGCCUACUUUGCUCAGUACCACCAGCAGUACCCGAUCGUGCACCAGGCGACGUUCCGCGCCCAGUGGAGCCAGCUGAUCCCGCACCCGCCGCGCGCGCAGUGGCAGCUGCUGCUGAAUGUCGUGCUGGCGCACGGCGCGCUGUGCGCCAGCCAGCCCGACAGCGUCAUCCGGUACUUUAUGGAGCAUGCGCUGCGCGCCAUGUCCGUCGAGCAGGUCGAGUCGGGCAGCUUGACCCUCGUGCAAGGGUUCACGCUCCUCGCCGCCCUUGCGCAGAGGCUCAACAAGCCAAACACGAGCUACGGAUACCUCGGUCUCGCGGGCCGCAUGGCCAUCGGGCUUGGCCUGCACCGCGAGCUGCCGUUCUGGAACAUCUCGCCGUUUGAGCGCGAGCAGCGCCGCCGCGUGUGGUGGAUGCUGUGGGUCGUCGACGCGGGGACGAGCAUCACGUACGGGCGGCCGGUUAUGAUGUCGGUCGCCGAAGCCGAUGUCAACAUGCUCAACAACGUCCACGACGCGAGCUUCCUCUCCAGCGCGACGGCCCCGCCAGCGCCAGUGGAAGAACCGACAAUCUACACAAACCUGCGGCUGCAGUCCGACUUCCUCCUCGUCGGCACGCCAAUCUACUCCAAGACGAUCGCGUCCCCGCCGCCGACGCCGAACGAGGCGCUGUUUCUCGACUCGCAGCUCGAGCAGUGGUGGCAGGGGCUUGGGGACUGCAUCAAGUUGUCGUCGAAGCCCGAUACGACACCCCGCUUCUUCAACCUGGCGCGCCACAAGCUCUUCUGGCGCUACUCCAACCUCCGCAUCAUUAUCCACCGGCGCGCCUUCCUGCAGCGCGCGCUGACGGCCAAGCCGCUCGCCACGCUCGCGGCCGCUGACGACAACGAUAACCCAGCAGAGCUUCAGUCGGCGCAGCUGUGCCUCCAGAACGCACAGGACACGAUCGGCAGCAUACACGACUUCUUCGUGGCCGGCGACACUAGCUCUCGCUUCGAGAACUGGUACGCGAUGCACUACAUCUUCCCCGCGUCAUUCCUACCGCUGAUAGCGCUCCACACGGACCCGACGAGCGCAGAGGCAGAUACUUGGCGUGCAGCGGUGGCCAAGGCGCGCCAAGUCCUCGAGCGCAUCCGCACCGCCGAGCCCCUUGCGGUGCGGUACCUCCAGAUCGUGGACAUUCUCCAGCCAGACGCGCACGUCGGCGCCCACUGGGCCGACUUGAUCCACAUCCCCACGUGGUCGGGCGAGGUGGACGCCGCGGGGAUCACGCCGUCCAUGCUGCCCAUGGCUGAUCUGGACACGCUCGCGAUGAUGUGGAAUGGUGGGGGAGGGUUCUAGGGGAAGUAGGGUUGGCCAACGCGAU